AUGUCUGCUAUCCAGAACCUCCACCCUUUUGACCCCUUUGCUGAUGCAAGUAAGGGUGAUGACCUGCUUCCUGCCGGCACUGAGGAUUAUAUCCAUAUAAGAGUUCAACAGAGGAACGGCAGGAAGACCCUGGCUACUGUCCAAGGGAGCGCUGAUGAUUAUGAUAAAAAGAAACUAGUGAAGGCGUUCAAGAAGAAAUUUGCCUGCAAUAGUACUGUAAUUGAACAUCCAGAAUAUGGAGAAGUGAUUCAGCUACAGGGUGACCAGCACAAGAACAUAUGCCAGUUCCUAAUAGAGAUUGGACUGGCUAAGGAUGAUCAGCUGAAGGUUCAUGGGUUUUAAGUGCUUGUGGCUCUCUGAAGUAUAAGUGAGGAUUUCCUUGCAAUGAGUAGAAUGUCCCUUCUGUCCCUUGUCACAAGCUUAAAAACCUCACAGCUUGUAUAAUGUAACCAUUUGGGGUCUGCUUUUAACUUGGACUAGUGUAACUUCAUGCAAGAAACUGAAAAGAGCCA